AACUUUUGCAUUUCCCUGUUUUUAGGGCAUUUCCCAACUUUUGCAUUAAUUAGCCCUCUUCUUUGUCUUCUUCGAGUUUCCACAUCCCAUUUCUCCUUCCUUCUUCAAUCUUCUGCAAGUCGGCAAUUUCGUUUUCGUCCCGGGUUUCUCGUAUCCAUCUGCUUCUUCAAUUUAAGGUAUUGUUCUUGUCAAAAUUGCCUUUCGUUACUUACAAAUGCUGACUGCUAGUGUUACUGCCCCCUCGCCGCCUCUAUUAUCACCCGGAAGUCCAUUGAAGGCACAAAUUAAGCACAGUGGCUUCUGCCGCGCCAGUAGAAUUUCUACACAAGUUAGGCCAAUAGGCCUUGGCUUGCAAUUACAACCUAUUGUUGGAAGUAGUCGAAAGCAAUCUUCAUCUGUUAUAUGUGCUGCUGCUGCUGCUUUGAAUGCAACAUGCAGUGCAUCGGGGCAAACUCAAACCGUCACUCGUGAGGCACCAACAAUUACCCAAGCUCCUGUUCAUGCAAAGGAGAAAUCACCACAACUAGAUGAUGGUGAUUCUGGAUUUCCUCCCCGUGAUGAUGAUGGUGGUGGUGGUGGUGGGGGAGGCGGUGGGGGCAACUGGUCAGGGGGAUUCUUCCUUUUUGGAUUUCUUGCAUUUCUAGGCUUCUUAAAGGAUAAAGAAGGUGAGGAAGAUUAUCGGGACAGUCGAAGAAGAUGAAAGAAUAUUUGCAAGUUGAUAGCAUAUUGUUCUUCAUACUGUAUUCUUUUUGACAACGAAUUACCGAAACUGAUCUUAAAAUAGAAUCUGUUGUUAACUAGCCUACAAAUUGUACUCAUUCUUUCUUUCUUUUCUUUAUUAAGUCUUGAUAUUGUUUUUCUACCAGCGGUA